AUGGUGGCCAGCAGAGUACUAGCGGCCAGCUGGCAUCUGCUCCUUUGGCCAGGAAAGACGGUGCUCACAGCAUCACGAGAGGAAAAAGGGUGUCAAAGCCGGCCUGCCGCAAAGAAACUCGGGGAACUCCCUGCCGGCGUCGCGGCAUCCCAAGCCCGGAGCGAACGGCCGCCUCGACUAUUCUGCUGCCCGGCAGAGCCGCCACGAAGAGCCUCCGCCCUGGCCGGCAAGGGCGUCCCGCUCCGCUCGGCCAGAAACCAAAAGAUCCGCCCGCCCACCGCGCUCCGCCUCCACCUCCGGCUCCUUCCGCUCUGCCGUCUGCGCCAGGGGAGCCGCCGUCGGUCGGGGCUGGCCCGGCGUUGCUGGCCGGAGGGCCCUCAAGUCGGCCGGCCGGUUAGGGGGCGGGCGGGCAGCAGGGUCCUUUUGGCGGGCCGUCGGGGCCCACCGCCAGGCGCAGGCGGGUGCGACGAGGAACCCCCCGGGACGGACGGCCUGAGGCCGCGAGUCAUGGGAGCAAAUCUCAGAGGGACCCGGCCGUCGACCUUUUCCUUCCGCGGCCUGCCCGGCCGCCCACCCAGAGAAGGCGAGCACGACUGCUCCCUGGAAGCCGGCUAGGAGAGUGGCGAGCGCGACGGCUGCUCGGGCCGGCGGCCUACUGGCCGUGUGAUCCUCGCCUAUCCCGGCGCUUCCUCACGGCGGAAGAGGCAGGCUGGCGCGCUGCCCCCCUCCGCCCCCUGAUACGGAAAGGCGAGCCUUCUUCGGUAGAGCCGCAGCCGGAGGUCGGCGAUCAGGACAAGAGGAAGGGGCCCCUUGCCCUCCCCGCCUCCGCCUCCCGCCCCUCCUCUCCAGCAGGCGCCGCCUCCAUCCGCACGGGAGUCGCCCCCCGCGUCCCAGAGCC